UUAUUACCGCCACAUAGGUAACGCGGCAACAGACGCGAAAUUGCCAGUACGAUGGCAUUCGAGAGCUCUGCACAGCAGUUAAAGAUUCCGGACGAAAGGAUGAAUGCACAGUUGAACAAUAGUGGCGUACAGGUAGGAUGUGAACCAGUCGCCAGCCAGGUCAGUCAAUCCUAAGCCCAUUUGGUUGAUUUCAUGUAACCGCGUGCAAGGCGUCGCAAUCCCAUGUCCUAUUCACACCCAAUCAGAUACCGGGCGCGCUGAUAAGGAUUUCAGACGAUUUCCUUACCUCCACGCCGGGAGAGGGCCAGAAGGACGUGCCCACCACGGAGAGCACAAAAUUGCAGAACCUGCACAGCCGCAAGCUGUGGGACAUAGGUCCUGGUUCCAUUCAUGGCGAGGGGAAGACACCGAAGUUGGCCGUGAAGCGUCUCUGGCCAGGCUGCGGGGACGACGAGCCGAACGCCAAAAAAGCACUGGCAUUCGAGCAAUUUGUGUCGAUAUACGAUAGGAAAAUAACGCCGCUACCUCAAAUCGAAAAAAGUCAAAGCCGCAAACAAAAUAACGAAUUCGAUUUCGCAUUCGAAAUGUCCGCGAAGCCAAGUGCCAAUUCGGAGGACAUCCUUCUGGCCGGCCUGCUCCAGGACUGGAAACUAGAGGACCAUGACAACGCACAGAUUGGCUGCGACCCAGCGCCCAUGCCGGCCAGUCAAUCCGAAUUGGCACUGGUUCAUUUGAAGUUGCCGUGCAAGACGCCCCAAUCCCAGCCCCAGGUGGAAGCCCAUCAAAAUGCUUCAGUUGCGACCGUCAACAGCGACAGCGGAAGCAUAAUACUAGUGUCCGAUGAUUCCUCAGCUACGGCGUGCAGCUUCCUUCACUCGUCCGAGCUCUGUAACUCCUCCGACUUCGAAGAACUGCGCAAGGAGUUCACCGAGGACUCCUCAUACAUCGAUCUCUCACUUGAUUCGGGCAGCAGCAAUCCUAGUGCCAUUGAAACCGACAUGAAGACACACAAACUGGGCGCGAAGCGCAGAUCGCCGCAGACCAAGGGCGAUGUGUUGGCCAAAAAGAUUUCUUACCAGAAUCUGAACGAGAUGAACAUCUCCUCGAAUCAACCCGUGGUGACGCGCAGUGGUCGUGUUGUGGUCUCACGUCCGAACCAGCAGUUUGACUACUCCUCCUCCUCCCAGUCGAAGGGCGAUGGCGAGGAGGACUCCGACGAGGUGUCACUGGAUGCCGACGACGAUGAGUAUGAGGGAGAAGAUUUCGAUCAGCUCAAGUGGACGGAGCGCAAACGGCGUAGCUUUAGAAACACCAGCUUAGCCUUCAGCCCCGAUGGCAGCCGCUCGUCGCCGGAGGCAACACCUCCGAUGGUCUAUGUCGAAUUGGGCGGCAAAAUCGUGAUCAUUAGGGAUAAACCACAGCCCAAUAUCGUUCUGGAAGACGAUAAGGAACUCAAGACGCAGAUGCACAAGUUUUUGGGUCUGAUUCCAUCACGUCGCAAGCUCUUCGAUCCGUCGGAAUACAAUAUGGAUCGGGGGGAUAUUGAGAUGGAUGUGUACGUACCGACCAGUCUUGUUACCAAUCCAUCACCUAGGUCCUCACCAAGCCCAGUUACUCCAUCGGCCAGGUCACGAAUAUGGCAGGAAACAACGCCGACAUCCAUUUGCUCCAACUUGAAUUUAUCGCAUACCUACACACCGACCGUGAAUGAGCUCCAGACUAAGCACAUGGAUGACUCUAUAAUCCAGGUGAAUUUGGACUGCUUUCAGAAGAAAACACCAGACUCUGUCAAGGAGCCCAUUGAUCUAAGCGAGCUUCCCAGCCAAAAGCAACUAGCCACCAACUGCCGCCGCCACAAGAGCUGUGUAGCCCGCCUGGAGCGGCACCCACAUUUCUACGGUUUCGUCCAGUCGCUCAGACCGUCAGUCUCGCUCAACAUGUGCCAUCCGCUGGCCCUCACCUUCCGGCGGACCAAUUUCCAGCAAUCUAAGGUGGCACUGGCCAAGGUUCUGUUCAACAUGUUCAAUCACGCGGUCUUCCACUGUGGCCUGCAGGUGCCCAUUGUUUGGAAGCACGCAAUGAAGAAGCGCUGGAAAUGCGAGCUUGGCUUCGACGCCUCCGGCAGGCGCACAGCACAGAUCCUGCUUCUGCACAGCAUAGACACUGCGGCCGAGCUUAUCUAUCUCCUGCUGCACGAGAUGUGCCAUGUGGCGGCUUUCCUGUUCAACCGGGAGUUGGGUCACGGCGACAACUGCCGCAGAUGGACCUACCAGGCGAAGAUGGCCUUUCCGGAGGUGCCCGCCCUCAUGGAGUGCAUAGCUAGCUUCAUGUAUACGUGCAGCAUGUGCAGCCGUUCCUCCUACGGCUUGGCCGACUUGAAAUCGUACAACAUACGCUGCUACUACUGCCAGUUCGAGGUGAGCGUGAAGCCCGUUAGCAAGGCGAACAUGCACGAGGGCGCCCGUUCCGAUCGGACGAUGACACCGUUCAAGUGUUUCAUCCGUGACAAGUAUUUGAAGCUGGGCGCGGAGGGGGGCGUCACACACUCCUCGAAGAUGGCGCUACUCAACGAAAUGUUCGCGAAGAUGACAGCCGCCACGGAAUAGCUGGCAGCUGUCUAGCGGCUAGCACACAACUUGAAGAAUAUAUUUUAUAAGUACUAUAUGAACAACCAUGGAAGGCGGCCCCAUCAAAAUGGAGCAGCCUCCAGUGAAAACGAACACGCUGUGACCUACUUUAUAUACCUACCUACAUUUUAUACAAACUUCUAUAACCUGUACAAUGGCGCUAUAUGGGAUGGGGGGCUCCACGGAGCCCCAGAAUCCCGAGAAGGCGUUCGUCAGCUAGUCUACGUGUUAACUAGUAUAUACUUUUAUGUUUAACUAACAAAUUACAUGUGAAUACUACUACAGUAAGUCUCGUCGGAACGCUGGUGGCUAUUGAAAUAGCAUGUCGCUGUUUUUUUUCUACGGAAUCAAAUGAGAAAUCAAAACAAUUUAAUAUGAGAAACCAUCAUAGUCGCAUGUUUGAAGAAAUGGAAGGCAUUGUUUGUUUGUUUUUGUGAGAAUUUUCUGUUUGCCAACUUCUUGUUAAUGGCACCCCAAAAAUGAAAACGACAAUUAUACAAAUGCAAAUACAGAUACACCAAUUUU